UUCUCCUUUUCCACCUCACUCCACCUCAUCAUUUCCCAGUUUCUUUCCUGCACAGAAGGGUAGGGGGGUCCAAGGGAACUGUAAACAUGAGGGGCAUUUUGCUUUUUGCAGUUUGCUUCUGUUUAGUCCAAAGGAACACAGGAGACAUUCCAUUGGGAAUUAGAAAUACAAUCUGCCUCAUGCAAAGCAGGAGAUGACUUUUUUUCUGCCAUGCUGGUGAGAAAAGAAGUGACAUUUGCUCUGAUCCCUGGAAUAAGUCCUGUAUACCAAACAUAAAGGAAUAA